UCAGGGAGCAUCGACCAAUCAACGCACCUGGGUGAACAUGAGUUGAGCGUGUGCCAAACUUCCGAGGACGCGCGCAGUCAGAAUCAACAGACUGAUGAAUCGACGGAACCUGUAGCUCAGACUCAUAGCCCAAUUAAUUCACGGGGAGCUCCAGGUAGACUAUAGUUUGAUAAGUAUCUAGAUGAAACAUGUGUGUAGGUCACAGCCUACUAAUCUUGAGUCCCCUGCCAAGUGAGAGGCGCGUCGCUUUGCUCCCCCAAAUUGACGGAUUACCGAGAUGCGCGUGCUGAUAAUGAUGAGUUCUGCGCGUACAGCUGCUGCUACUAUUCCGUUAUUAUUCUCCUCCCGGUCUAACGACACCGUUCCUUUAUUCUCCUGUCUGUGUUUGUAGCGCUACAGAAUGCAUCAAUACGCCAGCCAAGACAAGAUUCCUGGUGGGGGUGUUGGGCUAGCGGCCCCCCAGGAUGGCCAAAGUUCUUGUCAGUUCUUCUCAGAUGGCCGGAGGAAGGUGGACUAUGUUCUGGUGUUCUACCAACGCAAACAGAUCUCUGUGAGGGGCAGCGACCGGCUGCACCGUCUCUCCGCCCCUCCACACCCUCCUCAUCGCCUCUCUGUCAUCUCCAAUGGUAGCUCCACCCUCUCCGGCCCUGUGGGGGGUUUGGGAUGUGCAGCCGGGCAGCGGAGUGCGGGGGACGGGGAGGUGUGUGUGGACCUGGCGGUGGAGGUGGAAUUAGAGGCGGACCCAGCUGAAGGAGAGAUGGUGCUGAUCAGGGAGGAGUUUGAGGCCAGGCUACUGGAGGCGGGGCUUGAGAUGGAGAGAGACACCGAGGUCAGGGUCUACGGGCCCAGCUUCACGAGACUCCAUGUCCCCUGGCAGGUCCUGAGCAGAGAGGCAGAGUUCCUCAAGAUCAAAAUCCCCACUAAGAAGAGCUAUGAUCUGAAGCAGGAGAAUGGGUUCAGUGCCAGCCUCAGUGAGUUCUGGAGGAAGGUGAACCAGCCGUUCCAACCCAACAUCCCCCAGCUAGGCCACAGCACCACCAAGCAGCUCUCACACUGCUUCUCCAGGGACAAACUACACUUAUUUAACAUCACCUCUAAAGACACGUUCUUUGACAACGCAACACGCAGUCGAAUAGUGUACGAGAUCCUGAGACGCACUGCCUGCACACGCACCAGCCAAUCCAUGGGCAUCACCACAUUAAUAGCUAAAGGUGUCUAUGAUUCAGCCUUCCCUCUCCAUGAUGGGGAUUAUAAGGUUGUGGGUCACUCUGAGAGGAAUGACAGACAGCUGCUGCAUGAUGAGUGGGCCAGAUAUGGAGCCUUCUACAAAUACCAACCUGUGGACCUCAUCAGGAAGUACUUUGGGGAGAAGAUUGGUCUGUACUUCGCCUGGCUGGGCGUCUACACUCAGCUGCUCAUACCAGCCUCUAUGGUUGGGAUUAUCGUCUUCUGCUACGGCUGUUACACUGUGGAUAUGGACGUACCCAGCCUGGAGAUGUGUGAUAAGCAGCAGAACUUCACUAUGUGUCCUCUGUGUGACGGAGUGUGUGACUACUGGCACCUGUCCACCGCCUGUGGCACCGCCCGCGCAUCCCACCUGUUCGACAACCCUGCCACCGUCUUCUUCGCUAUCUUCAUGUCCCUCUGGGUUGCGACGUUCCUGGAGCACUGGAAGCGUCGUCAGAUCAGUUUGAACCACAGCUGGGACCUCACAGGACUAGAGGAAGAGGAGGACCACCCGAGGCCCAAGUAUGAAACCGUCCUGCUCCAGAAGAGACAGAUGAUGAGGAACAAGGAGAAGAAGAAUGAGAAAAAGAAGAAGAAGAAGAAGAAGAUUGAGACAGGUGUGGAGAAGCUGACCUGGAGGGACCGUCUACCUGGAUACCUCAUCAACAUCUCCUCCAUCCUCUUUAUGUUUGGGCUGACGUUCUCUGCAGUUUUCGGUGUGAUCGUGUAUCGUAUUGUCGUUUCCGCUCUAAUGGCGAUGUCACCUGACCCAGAGACCAAGUCUAACGUGCGUGUCACCGUCACGGCAACCGCUGUCAUCAUCAACCUGGUGGUCAUUCUGAUACUGGAUGAGAUCUACGGAGCUGUGGCCGUCUGGCUCACUGAGCUGGAGAUUCCAAGGACAGAGAGUAACUUUGAGCAGCAUCUGAUUCUGAAGGCUUUUCUACUGAAGUUCAUGAACGCCUACGCCCCCAUAUUCUAUGUAGCUUUCUUUAAGGGACGGUUUGCAGGCAGGCCGGGAGACUACGUCUAUGUUUUUAAUGACUACCGGAUGGAGGAGUGUGCCCCGGGAGGUUGUUUAAUAGAGUUAUGUAUUCAGCUCAGCAUCAUCAUGGUGGGGAAACAACUCAUUCAGAACAAUGUCUUUGAGAUUGGUAUCCCUAAGUUGAAGAAGUUGAUCCGAGCAUGGAAGGGUAAGGGGAUUUCAUUGGAGGAGAGAGAGGAGCAGCGUGCCAGACCUCCUCAACAGUGGAACCUCGACUACACCCUGGUCCCCUUUGAAGGACUGACCCCCGAGUACAUGGAGAUGAUUAUCCAGUUUGGUUUUGUUUCUCUGUUUGUCGCGUCGUUCCCUCUGGCUCCUCUCUUCGCUCUUCUCAACAACGUGAUCGAGAUCCGCCUCGAUGCCAAGAAGUUUGUCACCGAGCUGCGACGACCGGACGCUGUCCAAGCCAAAGACAUCGGAAUCUGGUACAACAUCCUGAGUGGAAUGGGAAAGUUCUCUGUCAUUAUAAAUGCGUUUGUGAUCUCGUUUACCUCAGACUUCAUUCCCAGGCUGGUGUACCAGUACAUGUACAGUCAGACAGGCACCAUGCACGGCUUCAUAGACCACACCCUCUCUCACUUCAACGUGUCCAACUUCAGACCCGGCAACGCCCCCACCUCCUCAUACCUCCCUGAGACCACCGUCUGCAGGUAUAAGGACUACAGAGAGCCUCCAUGGUCAGCUGAAGCCUACCAGUUCUCUAAAACCUACUGGGCCGUCCUUGCUGCCAGACUGGCCUUCGUCAUCCUGUUCCAGAACCUGGUGAUGUUCCUGAGCCUGCUGGUUGCCUGGGUGAUCCCAGACGUACCGAAGAACAUCAGUGAGCAGCUGAAGAGAGAGAAGACUCUGCUGGUGGACGUGUUCCUCCGGGAGGAGAAGGAGAAGUUCCACCUCCUCCAGAGCCUCUUCUCCUCCAAGGACCAGCCCAGCCAGGGUCACCCCGACACGGCCCACUUCCGUACUCUACCCCUAGGCCUCUCUCAGGGCCUAGGCCAGCCCCCGGGCGGAGAGGGAGGGGAAUCCCGGGUGAGAUGCAGGGCUGCCAGUUUCAGCCAGUUCACCAGACAGAUGUCCAUGUCUCCUAGCAACGACGCAGCCCGACACACAGCGGUCUGACACGCUACUGUAGUGGUUGGAUACAAACAUUCUUUAUCCCCACAGGAGAGGUUCAGACACUAGUGUGGUAGCUACAUGGAGUCUGAAUGCUGUGAUCUCUCACCCAUGUAGACUUGGUGUUCUCUUUCUGAAGCAGUGUGAUGAUGGAACAUACUGAUCAUGGACUUGUUCUUCUGGCCGGAUAAUCUACAUAUUCUUGACCAUUGUAUGUUAAUCUGCAUGAUGAGAAGUGACUGUAUAGUUCCCUUAAGGAAAAACACCUUCAGCCUGACGGUCUUCUCUGAGAGAGCUUCCAUGUCUGGAACACACAUGGAGCUGCUGUUUACGGUACCUUCACCAAUAACCUAAAGACAUGGCUAACGGACAGUCCGGUGUGUCAACACCAUCCCCCAGCUGUGUAGACCUGCUUUCCAUGCUGUCUGCUAUACAGUCUUGGCUCUUUUUCUGUCAUGCUGUUUGGUUUCUAUUUGUGUUGUUGCUUUCUGUCUGUCUGUGUUACUGAUCAUAUGUUGCUCUGUCUGUCUGUCUGUGUUAAGUGUUACUGGUCAUAUGUUGCUCUGUCUGUCUGU